AUGCUGCACCUACUGCUGUGCGCAGCAUUCUUCCUCCAGUAUGCGGUAGCACUCCCCGAAACCAUCGACCUUGGCUAUGCCCGGUACCGGGGGAAAAACAUUGGAAGUAGUGUCUUGCGCUGGGCAGGCAUGCGUUAUGCGCGCAGUCCAUCCCGAGUAGACGGACUGCGCUUCGCUGCACCGCAGGACCCUAUUGAUGAGCGCAAUGUCGUUGACGCAACAAAGUUUGGACCUCUCUGCAUUGGCGCUGGAACCAGUCUAAAAGCCGAGUUCGGAGAGGAUCAUUCAGAAGAUUGUCUGUUCAUCAACGUAUUUGCGCCAGCAAAAGCCACGAACACAAGCAACCACCCAGUCUAUGUUUUCAUACAAGGUGGCGGCUUCAGUUUCAACGGCAAUGCGAACUACAAUGGCGCGGAUCUGAUUGAUGCCAGCAACGACAGCCUUGUAAUCGUCAACUUCAAUUACCGAGUCGGACCUUACGGGUUCCUUGCUGGCCGGGAACUUGCUGCGAACAAGAGCAUGAGCCUGAACAAUGGGCUCAAGGAUCAAAGACUGGCUCUCAAGUGGGUGCAAAAACAUAUCCAAAAGUUCGGCGGCGACCCAGGCCACGUUACUCUCGGUGGGGCCAGUGCUGGUGGAGGUUCAGUUGUUCUCCAAUUGACAGCGUUCGGCGGCCGGGACGACAAGCUGUUCCACGCAGCAGCAGCAGAAUCCCCCGCGUUUCCGCCUCUCCGUGACGUCGAGAACAGCCAAUGGCAGUACGAUGCUUUAUUGAGGGAGACAGGCUGCGCAGACCUCCCAUGCAUGGCAGCUCUGGACGCUGUCGCCUUUCAAACAGCGGUCCGAACAUUGAAGAGACCAUUUCCAGGUGCCAAGAACCCUCCCAUCUACUUUUGGAACCCAACCUUGGAUUACGACUUCGUCCGCGACUAUACCUUCAAUGAACUCAAAGCCGGCCACUUUGUCAAAGUGCCCACCAUCUUCGGCGACUCGACUAAUGAAGGUACCAUUUUCACGCCUAGCAACAUCAUGUCACUUUCUCGCGCUCAGGAGUUCAUCAAGGAUCAGUUUCCAAGUGUCGACUGGCGCCAGAUCCGCCGGGCUUGGAAAACACCCGCGGAUAUAGUUCAGGACCCUCGCUGGAGGACGCUGGCAUCGGACGUCUACGGACACAUUCGUUACAAUUGCCCCUCCCUCAACAUAUCCUCCACCUACGCCCUGAACAACACAAACCCAACAUGGCAAUACCGGUGGAACGUUGGCGGCGCAUCGCACGUCGGCGAACUGAUGCCCAUCUGGAACAACGCAAGCUCCGCCGCUGGCAUGUUUAUACAAGCUUACUGGGCGAGCUUCAUCAAGAGCUACGAUCCGAACAAACAUGCAUCAGAGUACCUCUUAGCCAAAGGUCAGAAGCUAGAGCGCCCUGACUGGCACGAGUUCGGCACCAGCGAUGGAAAGCGGCUGGCGUUCAAUGACGAAAACAAAGUCAACAUGGAGGAGAUUCCAGAGGAAGAAUGGAACCGAUGUGAUGUCGUCGACGACAUGGGACUGCAAUUAAAACAGUAA